AUGCCCUGGACCUAUACAAUUACUAAUGUUGGUGCGCUGAAACAGACCUCCACGGGCAAUCGCGAACCGGCCAGCGGAGCGAGCUUCGCCGUCCGUUCUAGGGAUAGAAGACAUGCGCCGCACCUAUCGAUCAGCGACGAUAACCACCAUGUGACCGAGACCAUCGGCUUCCUUUACGGCGAUGACGACGAGAGAGAUCCGAGAAGGAAGUCCAAUGCACCAUCCAUUGCUCGCAGCUCUGUGUACAGCGACUCAUCCGCCGAUGGUGAAAACAGUACGAGCUCACAGACCCCAGCUUCUUUGCGAAGACCAGGCCUAGAGAGCAUCGUGUCGCCGGGUCGAAACUAUGAGCAAGUAACAGUACGGCCGAUUCCUCAUCCAAGCAGAAGCUACUCGUUCGAGAAGACGAAUGGACAGCCCCUCUCACCAGGCAUGAAUGCGAGAGAUCAGUCUCCGUCCGAGACGGCACAAUCGCACUUUCCUCUUAAUGACAUAGACUACGAAUCCAGUCCUGCUGCAGUGGCACAAGAGCUGAGCAAUUUACAAGCAUUGCGGAGAAUGUCCAUGGAUGUACAUGCUGCUGGAGAUCCUGACCUGCCGACUUUAAAUCCAGCUGCAAUACCAAAUGCUCCGUCACCUACCGCAUCCGAUGACGACGCCUCGCGGUUGUUCUGGGUACCAGCCAGGCUACAUCCAGAGCUAGCACCAACGGAGUUCAAAACGUUCCUCGAAAGCAAAGCUGAGCAGAUUAAGAGGAGGUCGGGUGAUUUGUCGUCCUUGGGCUCGUCUCCCAUGUCCUCAAGAAGUGCUUCAUUGAGCUCCAACAGUAGUGGGCUUGCGAGGAAGAAGUCUAUGCUCUCGAGGGAAGUCAACAAUUCGGUUGGUUAUCAGGAUGGAGCGGACAUACUUGAGAGAAAAAGGUCAGCAGGUCACAAGCAACAGCCGUCAGACCCUAAUCUUGCCGAACUGGAAACUUUAGUUGCCCGAAAUCUGCAGGUACAGAGACCACAAAGUCCCGAUGAGGACGUCGAUUUCAUAUUGCCUUCAGUCCCCUCCUCAAGCUUGAAGCGGUCCACGAAAACGAAGUAUCAAAGAACUGGAGGUGGUGUCAAGGCUAGAGGUGAAAGACAGAGGCCCCUGAAGAGGGUGCCGACUGGUGACGAAACAACCAGCUCUGAUGUUACGACCUCUACUUCAGGUCUUACAAGUUUUGCACCCUCGAUUGUAUCAUCUCAUCCCAGUAAACUCGCGGAUACCUUGAGCUUCUCGUCCUCGAAGUCCACGUCAAAUGCGCAAAACUUCUCACGCCCUGCUGCACGAAGUCCGUCACCACCUCAGGACAGUACGCAAGCAUCCAUCACAUCGAAUACGUUCGACACAAAAUUAGCAGGUCCGAACAGUGCUGAUCGAUACAGCACGCAAAGCGCGCCAGAUGGUCGAACGCAGAGGAGGCACAUAAUUCAACCAGAAAGAUAUUCGAUACCAGAAAUCAUUGAGACUCCUCCAACUGAGCAACAAGUACCGCCUAGAACGUCGUCGGACCAAGCUCCAAUUUCGCAACCUCGCCAUCCAGAGCGGACAUCGUCACGCGACAACUCAAUCAGGCCUGUAGGUGCCGGCCGACAACCAAUGCCAAGGAAUCUGGGUUCGUCAGGGCUACCGACUAAAGUGUCUAAAGUCGAGAUACCACCUCUUUCAAAUCCCAAGCAAAGUUUAGAGCAACCUUCACCCCUGCCUGGUCAAGAUACUAAUACUAGUAACCUUUCCUUCAUACCUACGUUGACUGUUGACAGACAGUCUCAUGAACAGCAGAAAACCAAGAAAUCUGGUUGGGGCUGGCUGCUUGGCAAAGACGAGGAGAAGGAGAAAGGCAAAAGUAGACCUGGAAAGAAUGCACAGAGUCAUGAUAACACCAGGCUUGAUGUGCUGCAGACAUCGAUUGACGGCAACCCCAGGCGUCGUGAGACAAUUGAACUGGAUCGGGACAGCUUGAAAUUAGAGGAGGAACGCAGAAAAGAGAGUCAAAGGAAAACGUCUUCGACAGAGAAGAGAGAGAAAGAGAGUUUCAUCUCCUCUCUGUUCGGAGGCAAGAAAUCCAAGGCUGAGAAGGAAGCCAAGAAGAGCCCUCGCCUAUCUCCAGAACCGCCGUAUCGGGAACUCAAGGCCGACAUUGACUACAGCUGGACACGUUUCUCAAUAUUAGAGGAACGAGCGAUCUACCGUAUGGCACACAUCAAACUCGCAAAUCCACGAAGGCCCCUCUAUUCUCAAGUGCUGUUGAGCAACUUUAUGUACAGUUACUUGGCCAAAGUACAGCAAAUGCAUCCUCAAAUGAAUCUUCCGACCAAUGCGAAGCAACAGAAGAAGCAGAAAGAGCAGCCUGCUCAGCAAAGUGACGAGUUUAGUACUUACCAGCGGUAUCAGCAGCAGCAACAUGAACAACAACAAGAGCCGCAGAAUUCUCAGCAGCAACCCAUGGCAUAUGAAGGACAGUAUGCUAACAGCCAGGAGCCAAGCAGUUCUCGGCCAAGUACGAGAGGAAGCAACCGUCACGCUGAAGGAACGUAUAACUCCUACACAUACAAUCGCCCGCAGCAGCCGGCCCAACAGCAAUACGAAACUGACAGAGAACAAGAGAUGUGGUGA